UAUUUGGAUGAAUAUAUAUAUAUAUUUUAAAUAUAGAAUUGAUUAUGUAUUAUACAUAUAUUUAAAUUGUAAAAAAUACAUAAAUUAUUAGUUAAAUAAAUAAAAAAUAUAUAAGCUUCAUGACUGUAAUUUAAAAAAAUGAAAUUAGAGGAUUGUAAGGUUAAUUUCAUAUUAAAAAUAAUCAAAGGUAUAAUGGGACAAAUUUAUAAAUGCAAAUUAUAAAAUGUCAAAUAUAUUAUGAAUAUGGCCUUAUUAACCAAUUUUUCCUUAAAUAUUUCAAAUUUUCUUCUAAGUAUCAAACUAAAAUGUACGAUAAUAUAUAUUUUCCUUAACCGGAAAUUUAUGACAAAUUUUCCUUAAAUUCUCUUUUGGUUCUGGUUCUGGUUCCAUAGACAUGCUUUGGACAAUAUUUGAAACAACACCCAUUAACAAAAGAAAAAUGCAACAACGCAAAUAUUAAAACCGUAGAAAAAGAAUAUCAAAGCAUAUAAAAUCAAGCAACAUAAAAAAAAGAAUUAGUAGAUUAUACCAUUUGUCUCCAUCUUAACCGGAAAUUUAUGACAAUUUGCACUUCCGAAUUUGUUCGGUCAGAGAAUUAGAUUAUUAUUCCACAAUCUCGCAGCUCCAUACAAUGUCCAUAUAUACAGAGUCACACAGCCGUAUGUAUAAUUAUGAACUUUUUAUGUGGAUAUUAGUAAAAUGGGAUGUGUUUGCAGUAAGCACUUAGGAGGAAAAAGAACAAGGCAUGAAAACAUCUCGCUUCUUACUUCUCAGACCAUUUUUAGCGAUGCUGAGGUUGAAGUUCUACAUGAAUUGUUCACCAAACUCACUUCUUGUGUCAGCAGCGACAACGUUAUAACCAAAGAAGGUUUUCAGUUUAUCUUAACCAAGGACACCAAGAGACGUAGUCUUUCUACGGAGCGGAUGUUUGGACUGUUCGAUAUGAGAAACGAUGAGGCAAUAGAUUUUGGAGAGUUUGUACACUCUCUCAACAUUUUCCAUCCGAACUCCGCCCAAAGAGAAAAAGCCUUAUUUGCAUUUCGGCUAUAUGAUACUCGUCAGACUGGAUUUAUUGAACCGGAAGAGGUGAAAGAGAUGAUAAUAGACGUUCUAGAGGAAUCAGAACUGAUGCUAACCGAGAGUAUCAUCGACUCGAUUGUGUCUAAGACAUUUGAAGAGGCGGAUAGGAAGAAAGAUGGGAAAAUAGAUUUGGAAGAAUGGGAGAACUUUGUGGCCAGGCAUCCUUUGACUCUCAAGAACAUGACCAUCCCUUUCUUGAAGGACUUGCCACGAACUUUUCCAAGCUAUCUCCAAUAAAAGUCAGAUACUGACAGGUGAUGAUGAGUUGUCGAUGGCUAAAGAGUAGAAGGAUCAAAGGUUCUUUUAGAAAAUGAUAAUAAUCAAAUGUAAUAUGCAUAUUCUUUUGCAACAAAAUGUCUUUCCAUUAUUGUUGGCCUAAUGGCCUAUAACAAGAAGUUUAAGGUUCAAUGAGAGUUUAAUAUGGCUAUAGACUAGUAUUUGUUCAUAUUAGAAUAUCACUAGAAACACAUAUUAUUUCACAUUACAUUGU